CAGGACGAGGCGAAGAGGGGCCCUCUUGAGCUCGAGCGCUGUGGUAACGCGGUACCUGAGGCGCAAGUGCCCAGCUGCGACAUGACGGAGCGACGCGGGAGCGGCGGACGGGAACGCGCCUCCUUUCUGAAGGGAUGCGAUCCCCUGGCGCGGUCGGGACGCAGCAGACUGCAGAAGGAGAGGGUCCGUCUCAACCAGCAGAUCGUCAGGCAGAUGAGGAUGAGGGCCGGCGCAGAGAACCUCCUGCGGGCAACCACUAACACUAAAGUGCAUGAUGUGGUUCUCCUGGAGCUGAGCUUCAUGAACUCCACUCUGCAGCUUCUGAUGGAACAGCUGGAGGCUCUUAACAGCUCCAUAGAGGUCUAUCAGAGCAGCCAAAAUCCAAACAGCACCCCCUUGAUUGCCCUGGGCCUGAAGGAAACCAGCGAGAUUGACUUCUCUGGUCCUCUCAAGACCAUCAUCCAGGAGCAUUAUGGAGAAGAUGAGUCCAGGUUUGAAGAUGAGAUUUGUGACCUUAUGGACUUGCGGCAGGCCUGUCGCACUCCCAGUCGCAGUGAGGCUGGCGUUGAGCUGCUGUCCAGAUACUUCAGCCACCUGGAUCUGCUUGAGAAACGCUUCUUCCCCCCAGCUCAGCACACGGGCAUCUUCUUCACGUGGUAUGAUGCCUUCACCGGUGUGCCCAUCUGUCAGCAGAACAUCAGUCUGGAGAAGGCCAGCAUACUUUUCAACAUGGCUGCGCUGUACACGCAGGUGGGCGCACGCUGUGAGCGGCAGAGUCACAGCGGCCUGAAGGAAGCCGUCACCGCCUUUCAGAGAGCAGCAGGAGUGCUGAACCAUCUGAAGGAGAUGUUUCCCCACACGACCAGUUAUGACAUGAGCCCCCGCACUUUGAGCACACUGGUCUGCCUGAUGCUCGCUCAGGCCCAGGAGUGUCUGCUGGAGCAGGUGGCGCUCUCGGUCAUCCGUAGUGACUUCCUCUCGCUUGUCCGCUUGGCCCAGGAGGCUGCUAAGGUUGCAGAGCGCUAUGACCAAGUCCACCAGAGCAUGGUGCAUGUGCCCCGUAAGGACCUGACGCCUGGGUUUUGGUCCUCCAUGGUGCAGCUGAAGAGCACCCACUUCCAUGCACUGGCUCACUACUUUGUGGCUGUGCUGCUCAUGGACCACAAGCCAGUGAGCUCUGGCACUGAGCUCGCCAAGCAGGAAAAUGCCCUUCUCCAGAUGUUUGCUGCUGUGCCGGAGGGACAUCCUCCUGGGAGCCUCCUGUCGGACCAAAAGCUGCGUCAAGACGUUGGGAGGGCCCACCUGCACAGAGCCCUCAAGGACCAUGAGAAGGCUUUGUGGCUCUGCACCCAAUGUCAGCACCUCCGGCGGUUCGACACACUGCUUGGCAUCCUGCAGGCCUGCCGGAACAGCUCUGCCGAAAAGCUCUUCCACAGCGGCUUUGACGGAGACAUCGUACAUGGCAGAGACCCGCCUGAUGUUGUUCCUAAAGCUGAUUACGAAGCUCAGCUGGAACAACUAAUACUGACCAAACUGGAAGUGAAAGACUUAUUUCGUAAACUGGGCCCCCUCUCUGUGUUCUCAGCGAGGCAGCGGUGGACAGCACCUCGCAGCGUCCAACUGCGGCCGGGGAGCCAGGGCCUGGGCUUCUCGCUGCGGGGAGACGGUCCUGCACAGGUCCAGGCACUGCAGCACCUCAGCCCAGCUGCGGUCGCAGGGCUCCAGGAGGGGGACUAUGUGGUUGCGGUGGCCGGUGAGGACACCAGGUGGAGGAGUGCGAACGACACGCUGACCCUUCUGCAGAACCUGCAUCACGAGAGCAUAGAAAUGCAAGUGAUUAGCAUGAUGGACAGUGUCAUCUCGACGGUGCCCAAUAAGAGUGCCACCUACUGUGGGAAGACGUACUCCAUGAUUUGCCUCGCCCUUCACUAUCAGGACAGCAGCUAUAAACCAGGGAAGGACUCCAAGAAGACUCCCUUUUUCAGCUGGGCUGCAAAGACCAAGAGAAAGAGUAGCAGCCUACCCAGCAUGCACUGCAUCCGGACCAUGGGCUCACAAGCCCUUUUGGCAUCAUCCGCAGCUGCACACUGAACAGACAUCUCCUGCAUUGCCUGUGAUGGGAAGGGCAGUAGGGACAUACUUUCACCCCAGCAAUGUUGUGUCUUCCAAGGGCUGCUGUGACACAUACCAGUUUUAUUUAUUUUAGUGUUUUCUUCAAAUAAUGUCUCACAUUUGAUAAUGGAACCCAGAAAAUAUGGAAUUGAUCAUUUAUAGUGAAUUUACUUUUAAAAUCAGGGUUAUUUUGACUUACAGGGAACAUAUAUUGAUUUUCUUAAUUGUUUUCAGCCAUGUGAUUUUAUUUUUUUUAUAUAAACUGAGUUUAAAAGAAAUUCUAAAUCCACCAGAGAUUAAUAUUGGCCAUUUUUUCAUGUUUUUAUAUAACUGCACUUUUGCCGUUUCCCUCUUUUCAUGAGUUGGAAAUCCGUGUUUUGAUAAUCUGAGCUUCCUCAAUUCAUAACAUCAAAGUCAAGAGAGACACUUAAGAAAAUUACAAUAGGAGAAAUUUGCUCUUUGAGAAGUGAAGUACUUUGCUGCUCAAAUAUGUAUUUUUUUAGUACUCGGUGCUGCUUUUUAUCGUUUGUGUGGCAUUAUAACAUAGCUGAGGGAUGACGGUGAUUUUAAUGUGAUCAUUUUACCUUGGUCCUCUUGUGCGCUGUUAACUCGCUGCUGUUCUUCUGACCUGCCAUGGCUGGUCCUUUAUGUUCACUUUUAUUCUAAUGGUUCAGGUAGCACUUUGCAUUUGUAGCAGCACACCUAGUCAAUUAAUUCUUACCACUUAUUCCUGA